AUGGCACACGUUCGCAAGCGCCAGUUCCAACCAUCGAACCAGUCGUCGAUCAAGUCCUUCUUCACACCCGUCGGAACCAGCUCAGCUCCAUGCUCAGCAGACGUCGACGACUAUGCCCUGCCGCUGAAACCCACCGUACCCGAUCAUGUGCAGUCUUUGCUCAUCAACGUCGGUAUGCGCGUCCGCAAGUCGGUGCCUGAAGGAUACAAGACGCACAAGUCGCUGCCAGUGCCAACCAUCUCAUACAUGCACCCCGCCAGCAUCCCGACACAGGAUGAGAACGACCUGCCCGUCAGCAGCGCCCCAGAACUCUACACCAAGCCAUCAGAACUCACUCCCUUCUGUGGACUGCACAAGAUCGGCGGCAUCAGCUCACAACCUACCUCGUCUGCCCCUGGCCUGUCAUACACCCAGUCCACCAUCGCAUCCUCAGUCGACAUGCCUCAAACACCACAGACAAACACACGCAAGAGAAGCUACGCAGACGACAUGGACGCAGAACUCGAUACCUACUUCGACAAUGAGCUCGAGCAGAACGACUCGAUGCUCGACGAUACGACUUCACCCAAGCCAAAGUACCCUCUCAGCCAUUCAUCCAUGCCCAAUCUGAGCGCUCAGAGCAGCAUCGUCAGCCCCCAAAGCAGACCCAAGGCUCGCAUGAAGACUCGCUCGCCCCACAAAUUGACUCAAGACUUUUCCGAUGAGGAUGUCGCUUUCCUCCAGCCCAUGGACUGCGAGUAA